AUAUACUGAAAUAAGUGUAAUGGGCAACAAAUCAAUUAUGACAGAUUUCCUCCUAAUGGGGUUUUCAGAUGACCAUGAUAUGCAACUUUUCUAUUUUUUGAUGUUUCUCUUUGUUUAUUUAACAGCAGUAGUGGGGAAUUUUUUCAUCAUCUCAGCUGUGGUCCUCAAUCAGCAUCUUCACACACCCAUGUAUUUCUUUCUGGUCAAUCUAUCAUUUGUAGAUAUUUGCUACAUCUCUACUACAGUUCCCAAAACAAUAGUCGUUUCAGUUACAAACAACAAAAUGAUUCCUUAUGCUGGAUGUGUUACACAGGUCUUUUUAGUUAUUACAUUUGUUGGGGCAGAGAUUUUCUUGCUUACUAUCAUGGCUUAUGACCGGUAUGUUGCCAUCUGCCGUCCUUUGCAAUACAGAUUGAUUAUGAACUGGAAUGCCUGUAUCCAAAUGGCAGUUAUUGCAUGGAUAUCCACCCUGGUCCAUGCAGUGUUAGAAACCAGUUUGACUUUUCAGGUGAACUUUUGUGGAUUCAAUGAGAUUGGGCAGUUUUUCUGUAAUAUGCCUCAGUUACAAAAGAUAGCUUGUACUGAUUCAAAAGUUCAUAAAAUUCUAAUUUUUCUGAUUGGAGUCAGUGUGAAUUCAUUUUGCUUUUCAUUCAUCUUGACAUCUUAUUGCUAUAUUUUUUCUUCUGUGUUGAAAAUUCCAUCAGUUCAAGGAAGACACAAAGCUUUUUCAACUUGCAUUCCCCACCUCACUGUUUUUGCCUUGUUUAUUAUCACAGCUGUUUUCUCAUUCCUGAGACCAAAGUCACUUUCCUCUCCCAAUGUGGACUUAAUUUCUGGAAUUUUAUAUACAAUUUUGCCACCUGUUUUUAAUCCCAUAAUUUAUAGUUUGAGGAAUAAGGAUAUUCAAAGAACUGUGUGGAAAAUAUUAAAAAAAUAUAAUUUUAAAUAUAGUUUUAAACACUUAUUCCUUUAA